GAAGCAGAGGAAACAGCCGUGUCGCCAUCUUCCUCUACCAGCAAAUCGAAGCCUUUGUGGAAGGAGGAUGACGGCUUGGACGAAGAUAGUCAGCUGGAACUACAAAUGGACUGGAUGUCGGAACGACUGAAAAGUCUGAUUUCGGAUGGACAAAGGGCACUCGGUCGGGAGAUUGUCUUGCCUGAGAACGAGCGGCCGGACGUGGGCCUUGUGGACGAUGGAGAUGCCGGAUGGGUCGACUAUUAA